AUGACUAGUGUGAGAAUUAUGGGCGUACACAAACGAAUUGGAUUUGCUGCUCAUAAUGAAAAGAAGUCAGAACUUAUCGAGUGCCUUAGAAAACAUCGCGAUGUACUUGUUCAACACAAACUCUAUGCUACAGGUACGACAGGAUCAUUGAUUGAGAAAGAAUUCAAUGUAGUGGUAACAAAGUUCAACAGUGGUCCCUUGGGUGGUGAUCAACAAUUAGGAGCAAAGAUUGCAACGGGCGAACUUGACAUUCUUAUCUUUCUCAUUGAUCCACUAAAUGCUCAUGCUCACGAAGUCGAUAUCCAAGCACUUGCUCGAUUAGCUGAAGUGUAUAAUAUUCCUUGUGCAACGACUGCUACUGCCGCUGAAUUUAUACUUACUUCAAAAAUGAUGAAUGAACGUGUCAUACGACAAGUUCCAAUAUCUGGAUACCCGAAACCAUAA